AUGGCGAACCCACCCGCGGGAGUGCCCGAACCCCAUCUCACAAACCCACGCCAGUUAGUUGCAGACUUCCAGCCUCGAGGAUCGGCCGAUGCAGCUCAGAUCAUAUGGAAAAGAACGAGGAAUGGCGAAACAUACACAGCCGAUGCAGCUCAGAUCAUAUGGAAAAGAACGAGGAAUGGCGAAACAUACACACCAACUGAAGGCACAGGCCGAAUUACCACCAGAGAAGUGUGGAGGCUCAUCGACAAUCUCAAGGACAUCAUCCACCAGCAAACCACGCUCAUCGAAGCCACUAUGGCCGAGCUUCUAGAAGGGAAACACGACCAAAACAUCCUUCGAGAACAGAAUGAAAAGCUACACGAGGAACUGCACGCUCUGCGAGUACAAUUCGAAGCCAGGCCACCGGCCCCGUCGCCCACAUGGGCCGCAAUAGCAGCCAACAACGCCAGCGAUGCCCCCCAACCGACCCUCCAACGACCGGAAAACGAACGAAGCUGCUGCCGUAUCAGCACGCAAAGAUCACUGGUCGACCCGAGAGAUAAUGGAAAUAGCGAUGACAACCACCACAGUUCUUGGCGUAUCUACCGACCCACCAUCGAAACAGACGCGAUCUUGUUCCUGAGCCUCAUUUAUGUGAACCGAAACAUGCCUACCUCCUCGCGCCGUCAAAUUCCAUGCGAUCACCCCGACGUCUCCGCCAUUAAGAUCUGGACAGCUGAAUCCCAGACACUAAUUUUUUCGGUCUAUAUUCCUCCCGUCCCGCUCUUCGCUCCGGAUAAUGUAUCGGCAUAG